AUACUAGAAACUGUUUUCGAAGGGCAGAACAGAACACAGGAGACGCCGCCGUCGGACACGUCUGCUGAAUUAUUCCAUGAGGAAAGCAGAUUUAUUUUAAUAUUUAUGUCUAUAUAUGUCGUUUUAUAAUUGUAGAACCUAAUGUUAAUUAUCGCUUGCUUUCAGGAAGUCUAAACUCGUGAUUAGAUUUAAAUUCAGACGUGUAUGGGAGAAAGUUAGCUAGCUAGGCUAAAGUAACGUCGGUUGUGUUAGGGUUAGUAGUUUGAUUCUUGUAGUUUUCACCACGUUUACUGCGCGGAGAGAAAAUAAACAUUCCUGUAAGUUCAUAGAAGACAGCUCUAAUACAAAAUGAGUGCUGGUACCGCAAAGCCGUUGGAACGUGCGGAUCCCAAAUCGGCACCUCUCAAAGAAAUCCCAGAAAUUCUCGUUGAUUCCCGAACCAUGAAAAGAUACACGAGGGGGAGAUUCCUCGGGAAGGGUGGUUUCGCCAAAUGCUACGAGAUCACAGAUGUAGAGACGAAGACGGUGUUUGCUGGCAAGAUCGUAGCUAAGUAUUUGUUACAAAAGCAGCACCAAAGGGAUAAGAUGACCUCGGAAAUCGCCAUACACAAGAGUCUGGAUCACGCUAACAUCGUCGGCUUCCACGGGUUUUUCGAAGACGAUGACCAUGUGUUUGUGGUCCUGGAGAUCUGCAGGAGAAGGUCCUUGCUGGAGCUGCACAAACGCCGCAAGGCUGUGACGGAGCCUGAAGCUCGCUACUACAUGGCCCAGCUGCUGAAGGGUGUCCAGUACCUGCACAACAACAAGGUCAUCCACAGAGACCUGAAACUGGGCAAUAUCUUCCUCAACGACGACAUGGAUGUCAAAAUUGGGGACUUUGGCUUGGCGACUAAGAUCGAGUUUGAAGGCGAACGAAAGAAGACUUUGUGUGGAACGCCCAACUACAUAGCACCAGAAGUGCUUUGUAAAAAGGGCCACAGCUAUGAGGUCGAUGUCUGGUCACUUGGGUGCAUAUUGUACACUCUGUUGGUGGGCAAGCCCCCGUUUGAGACCUCCUGUUUGAAGGACACCUACAGUCGCAUCAAGAAGAACAACUACACCAUCCCCUGGCACAUCACCCCGACUGCGGCGACUCUGAUCAAGAAGAUGCUGCACGCCGAUCCUGCACAGAGGCCAAGCGUUGCUGAAGUGCAGGCCGAUGAGUUCUUUACGUCCGGCUACAUCCCCCUCCGUCUGCCCACCACGUGUCUUACUGUACCCCCUCGGUUCUCCAUCGCCCCCUCCACAACUGCAGAGCUCAGCCAGCGGCGUCCUCUGACUGCUCUAAACAAGGUUGGUACGGAGAAAACGGAGGUGAAAGACGAGCCUAUGCAAAGGGCGGCUGAACCAUCAGAGCCCUACCUGAAAGACAUGCUGCAGCAGCUGAACAGCAUCAUGUCCACCAAACCCUCUGAAAGGGCCGUCAUCCAGCAAGAGGAGGCCGAGGAUCCUGCGUGCAUCCCCAUCUUCUGGAUCAGCAAAUGGGUCGACUACUCUGAUAAAUAUGGAUUAGGCUACCAGCUCUGCGACAACAGCGUGGGGGUUCUGUUCAACGAUUACACCCGGCUCAUCAUGUACGCUGACGGAGACAGCCUCCAGUACAUCGAUAAGACUGCAGCUGAGUCCUACCUCAGCGUUCGCUCUUUCCCCGCUACUCUCAACAAAAAGAUUACGCUGCUGAAAUACUUCCGUAACUAUAUGAGCGAGCACCUCCUGAAAGCUGGGGCCAACAUGGCGCGGCGGGAGGGAGAUGAGCUGGCACGGCUGCCUUACCUCUCCUUGUGGUUUAGGACGAAAAGCGCCAUCGUACUGCACCUCAGCAACGGCACAGUUCAGAUCAACUUCUUCCAGGAUCACACCAAGCUGAUCUUGUGUCCGCUCAUGUCGGCGGUGACCUACAUCGACGAGAAGCGAGACUUCCGCACUUACAAGCUGUCUCUUCUGGAGGAGUUCGGCUGCAGUAAGGAGCUGGCUAGCCGCAUACGUUACGCCAAGCAGAUGGUGGAGAAGCUGCAGGACAGCAAGGCUUCUUCUCCUGCACAAUAGUCUAGUUUGUUCCUCAAACCUUCAAUCACUUUCCCUUCUAGUCGCAGAACUUUUAAUAUUACGUGUAUUUUUUAAAGCGAAGCAGAGGUUUUCAUGUCACACUUACACAAUGUGCUCCAUCAACCUAAACUUUAAUAUGCCAACAUGUUUUCCUCUUAUGUUCACCUUUCAUGGACUGCUUAAUUAUCAACACCAAGACUAAUAACGUAGCUUGAAAAGAGCUGUUGAAAUGCAUCAUUUAAGAAGUUGAGGCGUUUGGUUGUAAACCUUUCCUUUUUCCUGUUGUUGUUCUUGUGUUUUAAAUCAUUCAGGAAGAUGUUCGUCUUGUGAGAGAUGGACUCUCAACAUGCUGUUCAUAAAGCACUGGUCUGCUUUUCCAGUCUGUGUGUGCGGAAACUGACCGUGUUAAUGUUUUCAUCAUGUACAUUCUUCCUGUUUGUUUGUGUUUGUAACUGUUGGCUAAGCGGGUUGAUGGUGAACAAACUUGUACAUACUGCUGAGUAUUUUAAAGAGGGUAAACCUCUGCUCAAGAUGAAAUAAAGAUUGUUUUUCCAAGUAAAAAUAAAAAAUUGUUAAUUCUCUCAAA